AUGUCUAUUUUUCUGACAAUGGGAUUUGAACAGGACACAGUUCUGGUUCCUCCUUGGCUGGAACAACUUCUUCACACACCUUUCUUCAAUGUGUGCCGGAUUCACACAGACGCAGCUAGGAGCGAAUGUAACAUGUUUUGUCUAGAUUGCAAUGGCGAAGCCUUUUGUUUCUACUGUCGUUCUUCUCGACACAAAGAUCAUCGGGUGAUUCAGAUAAGAAGAUCUUCAUAUCACGAUGUAGUGAGGGUGGCUGAAAUUCAGAAGGUGUUGGACAUAAGUGGAGUGCAGACAUAUGUGAUAAACAGUGCUCGAGUUUUGUUCUUGAAUGUGAGGCCUCAACCAAAAUCUGGGAAAGGAGUAGCUCAUAUUUGUGAGAUUUGUGGAAGGAGUCUCCUGGACCCAUUUCGCUUCUGUUCUUUGGGAUGUAAGCUUGAAGGAAUAAAGAAAAAUGGGGAUGCAAGCUUUGCUUUGGAUGGUAGGAAUGAAGAAUUGACCAUGGAUACAACUUCAACUUCAAGGGGAUCAGUCUCAUCAAGACAGCAAGAAGAAGGAUUGCGUGAAGGUUCAACACAAGACAUGUAUCCUCCUCAACCUCCUUCAAACGCAAGAAGAAGGAAAGGAAUACCUCAUAGGGCUCCUUUUGCUUCCUAA